UCCACAGCACAAAUAGUUUACAGAAUGCAUAUGAUAAAGUGUAUAAUAUAGUGUAACAAGGUAGAUAUAUGUCUGUCCAGGCUCUGCUAUGACUGUGGAUGUGAGUCUAAGUGACUGUUCAUAUGGCACUCCAUGCAAAGACAAGAGGUGGAGCUCUGAUGGAAUUCAUCAGAGCCCCCAGGGCAAAGUACACAAUAGUAGGAGAAGCUAUACGUUAUGUUAUUCCUGAACAUAUGCAAUGCUCAAUCGGCUGUGGAGGUCAAGCCUGCAAGUAUGACAACCCAAGUUACUGGAGUGAUAACCAACAGGCCAUAAAAGGCCUCUACUCAUCCUGGGUUUCUGAUUAUUUUCUCGCUAUGUCCAGACCCUCAACAGAAAUCAUUGAGAAGUAUAACAUCAUUGAUCAAUUCAAAAGGAAUGGUAUUAAAACAGUGAUCAACCUACAGAUACCUGGUGAACAUGCCAGCUGCGGAAACCGUCUAGAGCCAGAGAGCGGCUUCUCAUACCGCCCAGAGGUCUUCAUGGAAAACAACAUUUAUUUCUACAAUUUUGGCUGGAGUGACUAUGGAGUGGCCAACCUUACCACUGUCCUAGACAUGGUGAAAGUCAUGGCCUUCGCACUGCAGGAGGGAAAGAUAGCAAUCCACUGUCACGCUGGUCUGGGCAGAACAGGUGUGCUGUUAGCAUGCUUCUUGGCCUAUGCUACCAGGAUGACUCCUAACCAGGCUAUUUUAUAUGUACGUGCUAAACGCCCCAAUUCCAUCCAGACCCGAGGUCAGCUGCGUUGUGUGAGACAUUUUGUCCAGUUCCUUGCCCCUUUGAGGAGUGUGUUUUCCUGUGCUGAGCCACGAUUCAACCCAGUCACCCUGUCCCAGUACCUGAACCGCCAGAGACACAUAUUGCAUGGCAAUGAGAGGAAGGAGCUGAGGCACCUCCCAAAGAUUGUCCAGCUCGUGUCUAGGCUGCUGUUGGACAUUGCAGAGAAUCGACAGGUGAUUGAGGAAGACAUUCUUGAGGCCCCUGAUAUUGAUGACAUAGAGAUGACUCUCAACCUCAUUGAGAAGAUGGGGCCUGAGUUAUUAACAAAGGAGCCCCGCUUGCCAGGUGCGCCCACAUUACCCAGACAUUUUCACGAGCCACCAAUCUUCUACCAUCGCAAAAGUCUGAGCUACAGCGAGUCUGACCUGAGACGAUUGGGCUCACAGCUCAACCUCCUCACACAACCUCCGGGCUCCAUGUCACAGAGUAGUAUUGAGAUGUCUCUUUCCCCAUUUGAGGCCACUUCUGGCGUUUCACAAAGUCUAACAGGCUCACUCUGGCAAAUCAAGAAUGUAGAAGAUGGAGCCGUUCUGCUGAAGAAAGUGAAGCGGAAAACCAUUCAACGUAGUGAGUCAGUGGGAAACAAUGAAUCUACCAAAUACAUUGGCCUGUUGUCCAGGUGGAAGGCAGAGCAGAGGGAAGAGUUACUAAUGAAUGGGACAAAGCCUCAAGACAGAGGAGUGGAGCAAUCAGAGAGGUCAGAGGUGCCCUUUAUUACCCUGCAGUCAGAGUUGUCCCGGGACGCCAGGAGGUUGCUCGUGGCACAGGCCCUGGCAGUGGACCUUUUUCUUGAUGGAGAAGAAGAGCACAAAAACUACGUCUUGGCCUGGCAGGCAGAACUGAACCAAGGCGGUGGCUGGGAAAGGCUGUGUACGGAGCGGGAUCCCUUUAUCCUCACUGGGCUCAUGUGGGCAUGGCUUGAGCAGCUUAAAGAGCCAGUCAUCUCCAUCCAGGAAGCCAAAGCCUUCAACGCCAACAACACUGGUGCUCAAACUGUCCUCAACACACUUGACGAGGCCUCUAAACAAACAUUAACAUGCAUACUAAAUUGUAUGGCUCAUAUGAUGGAAAUACCAGAAGAGGUUGAAAAUGCUUUCCUGAAUCGUACAAUCAAAGCUUUUACCUGGAUCAAAAAUAAAUCAGAGGAUGGAAGCAAAGUGUAUGAAUCCAUGACUACAGCCCUACGAUGUGUCCUUGAGGACAUGAGAUCCAGGGUCGUCGAAGCAGAUGAGCCGCCAGCGUCUCCCUUCUCUUUAACAUAGGUACUACCAGUCAUGCAUAUGCGGUGCACUGCCUGUACCUCCAUGUGGAGGCAUGAAAGAAAAAAAUAUGCUUUUGUGCCUUGUGGGCAAAUUGUUUCAUAUGUAAUAACUUUUCCAAGAGUUUGUCAAUUUGGGCUAAAUAUAAAAAUGUAUCACUGUACAUUUUGUCAUUAGAUUAUUUUGUCAGAGAUUAUUGUCACUGAUACAUAACUAUAAUAUGUCUCAGUAUUUUCUUCUGUAGUGACAUAUUGA